AAUCAGCAGGAGUCCUUUCAUAAUGGCUAUUCCAGCGCUCAGAAUUUUAGCACUAGGUAUGAAUGAUUGAUGGGUACACUUUCCUAAGAGGCGAUCUACGUGGUUCUAGUAGUUCGCUAAUUCUAUCCAUCGAAAUUAAUACUUUCCAUGAUAGAUACCUUUACCUUGAUAACUUUGAGUUGACUUUCUUCUUGUUGCAACUUUUAGGGAAGAAAAAAUGAGUUCGAAGAUGGCGCUACUGAAGGAAGUAGAUGGGGACUUGCUGAAUUGCGGCGCCGACUUCAUUGUCCAUCAAACGAAUUGUGUUACAACUAGCGCAGCAGGUCUGGCAAAGUUUUUGUUUACGAGAUACCCGUACGCGGACAUGUAUACACGAGGUUAUCAUGGACAUGGCCAACGGAUUCCCGGAAAGUCAGUCCUAUGCCAUCCACCUUCAGGCAGAAGUGGUAAUAAGCCCGAGCCUAUUGUCGUGAACCUCUUUUUAAGGCCACGGGGAAUUACUAAUCUUGUCGGAAGCCAUCCUCGCUCAGUGUAUCCACUUUUCGUUACCAAGUGGUGAAUGAUUGACAUUCAUCAGCGAAUAAAAAAAAUGAAAAUGAUGGUCUUCCAGCACCAUGAUAUUAAGAGAUUGGUACUUCGGUAUAGUUGCUCAUCUAAUUUUUGGGCAGAAGAAAGUAGGAGCGAAACCUCCGAAAGGCGAUACGAGAGAAGAGCGCGAGGCGUGGUUCAAGGAAGGACUGCGAGACUUCCUUGCUCAACUGAAGCGGCACCAGCUAGUUGCCCCGCCUAGCUCUCACGCUGUUGGACCCGCACAAAAGCCUAUGCCUACUCUGAUGAAAGAUGGCGCCUCAUCAGCAUCAACUACCACUCCUACGAAGAGUGGUUUAACCUCCGUCCCGAAAGCCAGAUCAAUAGUCGAUAAAACUUGCAGACAACAAGAGGAAAGCCAAGGCUCAUCAGAAGCUCCGUUUGGAAGCAAAGUCGAGGCGGUAAAAAAGGACGAUGUAGUAGUACAGGUCGCCGGCAAGGACAUGGGAAGGGAAAUCGCUCCAGUAAAAACGGAGGAUGUAGAAAAAGAGGAAAUUUCUAGGAGCAAGGACAAGGUUGGAGGAUCACCCAAGAAAGGAGACUGCAAAAGUGCUGCGAAUGAAACAACGCAGAGGUGUGAUAUUAACCAGGCAGCUUCGACACCAGAGAGUGCGGAACAAGAUGAGAAGGUUGUCGUGCUGUCGGACUCGGAAGUGGUGUCCACAGACCUGCAUCAAGAGGAGAGCAAAGCUUCAAGUGAGAAUAUGGAUGCAGAUUUUGGGGUCGCGCCAACGACAGCGAUUGAGGUCGCGCCAGCGACAGAGAUGGAGGUGGAUUCCGUCCCAUGUGUAGAUGACUUGGGUGUAGUCCCAAUGAGUCCGGAAGGAGCUCCAAUGAGUUCGGGAGAAGCGCCGACGAGUCCGAGUGAGAAUGGACUGCCUGAAGGAGGAGCUCCUGCAGCGUCUGUGGGAAAGGUAGCUGAUGAGGCAAGCGCAAGCGCAACGCCCUCAAAGGCACCGCCACCACCGUCGGGGGGCAGAAAGCGGGAGAAAAAGUGGAGUGUAGGCAGUAAAAAACGGAAAGCUAAUGGCGACGAAGUUUUAUCUCCAUCGAUAGACCUUCUGCAUCAGAAAUGCUCGCUGAGCGGAAAUGGAGACGAGAAGGGAAGCGGCGGCCCUGCUCAGAGAACGGAGACAAGAAAUGAGAAGGCCAACACGACAAUCAGAGAGCCUUUGACCGUAGGAGCGGUUACCUUAGAAGCAGCACGACCGCCAAGACAGUCGGAACGCGAAGACAACAGGUCUGGCAAAAAACACAUGAAAAACCAAGGCACAGUGCCGCCAGCAGGAGCUUUUUCUUCGAACGAUAUUAACGGGAGGACAGUCACUAUGGAGGGAUCUGCAGCACCAGCUCGACCUCUGACCAUCGCGUUCCCGGGAAACAUCGGAUGUGGGCUUGCCGGAGGAGUCUGGAGGGCUUACAGACGGAUGAUCGAGGACUUUGCUCGAGACUGCAGCAAAGAAGUAGUUCGUCCUUGUGAGGUUCAAAUUAUAUGGAAGGUGGAUCCGUGUUUUGGAAGAGACUGCCGCAACAUGGUGCGUGAAGAGCUUGCGAAAAAAACAGGCGGAUAUUGUCAAGAGUGUUGGAAUGAAUGGAACGCCGGCAUGCGAAGGCGCACCUGAGAGAGCAUUUUGCGGACUCCUCUACCUCCACCCCUUCACAAGUUGCAACUCAGUGACACAUCAAAGCAUAUAUCCUUACUAGGCUAACGCGGAGCCCUCGUCACGAGAGACUGCGCUGAAUGACAUGAUCCUGUAGUACGCCUUUGACUCUUAUUCCACUUUAUGAUACAAAAAACAGAGACGAUGACCGAAACAGCGACCCUCGUUUCCAUGAGUCCCCAAUGUGUUCAGUUGGGACGACCGCUUCUUCUUCGUUGCGGUCUUCAGAUGAAUGGGUGGCUUCUACAAGUCCAAGAUCUGUCCGGAUUUGUGUUCCUACCGAAAAUUUGUUCUUGCGGCAACGACGAGGAAUAUCAUUACAAGAAUGAAUUACAACAGGUGUUUUUACGAGACGAGCGUGAGCGCUAGAUGAUGAAGAUUGCAUGAAUUAAACAACACCAAGACGUCUUUGAACGUAAUCUACUUGCUUCAUGGAUUAAAGCAUGCUCGCGCCGCAUGACAUUACUUCUUUGUCUUUUUCGUCAAUGGCGUUGCGAAUCUUUUCAUGUUGAUCAUCAAUCAUCUUCCCUUUGAUUCGACUGUCGUAAGUUGAAAUUCUUUCGUAUUGAAUCUGAAGGAGGAUCAGGUGCGUCGCGAUGAUGUGUUACCGUGACGAACAAAACCCUGGGUAGGACAUCCCCUCAAGAAGGACCUAGCAGGAGAAAUGCACCCC